UGGAUCCGAGAUCCUUACGUGUGUAACUAGAAAAAUUCAUUUUUUGGACUUUCAAGCCUCCAUUUUGUUCCUUGUAAUUUUCUUCAUCGCUGUGGUCCAUCAUGUGUAGAUGCCUGGAAUAAAGAAAAACCUCGAAUUGCGUCGGAUUUCUCCCCCCACCAACAACGCCUCUUCGCGUCGCCCCUCUGCAAACCUCAGAGGGCCGUCCACGAUGCAGAAUCUAUCUACAAAGCCCUCGCCAGCGUCCAAUCCACAAUUAGUACAAUCCCAAUCUGCAACACAUCAACCCACGGAACCGAGCUACCCGCAGCGACCGUACAAGCCUCUCUCUUUCGGCCUCCACACCCCCCGUCGGUCCUCCUCUAGCAAUUCGCGUCGUUCUGGCCCGCUCGGUGGCCACAGCAUAUACAUUAUACCGCCCAGGGACAGAGCUCCGUGAAGCUCGAGUCACCCGAUCUUCAGCGUAUCCAUGCUCUGGUCCAAGAAUAUGGGUUCAUCGUUGCCUGUGAUGAGACGAUGGGGAACUUUGUUAACGUCGAUU